AUGGAGAUAACCUCCCCAACCGUCCCAGGCGCACCGUCGAACGAUGUCGCAUCAACCGAGUUCCCGACGAUAGAGCCCGAGCGCCUGAUCGAGCACCUGGCAGCAGUGUGCCAGAUCGCUCUCGGCGCCACGCGGGAGGAGCUUGAGCAGGCGGGAAACCUUCUGCACAAGAGCCGUUACAGCGACACCGUUGCCCGUUGCUCUCGCUUCGCUACCGACACUCAAAACGUUCUCUACAUCCAAAAGGAUAUUGCCGCCUCCACUGUGGUGGAAAACGGAUCCGACAUUGCAGUGCCAUCUUCGUUUCACUAUACUAUUUCAUCCGAGCUCGCCUCUUCUCCCACCACCGUUGCUUCUCUCAUUCUCCUGAAGACGCCCCAGCCUAUUGAUCCGGCUCGACCUCUCACUUCUCAAAUAUUCAUUACUAAUCUUCCUGGGCCUGCAUCCCUUAAUGCUGCUGUUGCGGAUCAGGGUCCUACCCUCUCACCUUGGGAGGUUCUCCAUUCACAGGUUCAUCAUGCGCUGGUUCCAUAUUUCGACGCCAAUACCAAAUCUCAGGGCAUCACGGGAUCAAGGGGCCGACCGGAUGUCGAUUCGAAGACGGGAAUCCCAGUUACGAAGAAGCGACUCAACGAUCUGGAGCUGAGCUUGCUUCAUCUGCAGCAAAAUGUCGACAUCCCCGAAAUAUCGUUGACCUUCCAUCCGAUCGUCCAGAGUGUGCUCGAUACAGCCGAAGCCAGCCAUUCGAGGGCAUCGAUAGACGGGAUCGCUUCCGGCCUGUUGCAGGAUAGUACGUUUCUGAACAGGCUUCAGGCCAAUGUCAACACCUGGAUCAAGUCGAUCCAGGGGAUCACCAGAAUGACAAAGGAUAGUGGGUCAAAUCACAACCAGGAGUUCAACACGGCAAGCCAGGAAGUCAAUUUCUGGCUUUCGAUGGAAUCUGCUCUGGAGGGUAUUGAGGGCCAAUUGAGGAGUGAGGGUGUUCUCCUGACACUCGAGAUCCUCAAGCAUGCCAAGCGUUUCCAGGCCACUGUGAGCUUCACGGCGGACACUGGGUUAAAGGAGGCCAUGGACAAGGUGCAGAAGUACAACCAGCUUAUGCGCGACUUCCCACUGGACGAGCUUCUCUCAGCCACCUCUCUUCUCAAGGCGCAGGAUGCCAUUCGGGAGAUCUUUCAUCAUCUGAACAAGAAGCUGAGGAUCUGCCCCUACCCGAUCCGGAGGGCACUCCCCCUUGUUGAAGCCAUUUCCGCGGAUCUGAACGAUGUGUUGGUCCGACUACUGCCAGGUACGGAGCUGGUAAAUCUGGACUACGACCAGUUUCGCCACAUCAUGAAGACCUGCGACGACAUCUUCAAAACCUGGGAGGAUUCAGUCAAGGAAUUCACCAACGUGGCUCGUGAGGUCACUCGACGAAGAAACGAGAAGUUUAUUCCCAUCAAGAUCAACAAUAAGCACUCGGAGCUGGAGUCGAGGAUACGAUACGUGAGCACCUUCCGCGACAACCAUGAACAGCUGCAGCGAACGAUUGUGAAUGUUCUUGGUCCCAGGGCCACCAUCCCAGGCGUCCCCGAAACCACGGGAUCUGACGGAGUCGUCAUCGAGGAAAUGGGCGACGUCGAUGCUGUCGAAGAAGUCAACCAAGCUUGGGAUGCGCUGCAGAAUGUCGACCUGUUGGAUGUUAGUGAGCAGGGCAAGGAUCGCUGGGUGCUGGCUGAAAAUCUCUAUAAUGAGCGAACAACUCGUGUUGAGAACUCCAUCAUUGCCAGGCUCCGAGAUCGCCUCGGAACAGCAAAGACGGCAAAUGAAAUGUUCCGCGUGUUCUCCAAGUUCAAUGCGCUGUUUGUGCGACCCAAGAUUCGAGGUGCGAUCCAAGAAUACCAGAAUCAGCUCAUGGACCAUGUCAAGCAGGCAAUCAACGGCCUUCACGAGCGGUUCAAGCAGCAGUACGGUCACUCCGAAGCACACGCCAUGUCACAGCUUCGCGACCUCCCUCCUGUGUCGGGAGCCAUCAUCUGGGCGCGCCAGAUCGAGCUUCAGCUUGAUGGCUACAUGAAAAAGGUUGAAGCUGUGCUCGGACCUGGCUGGCAACUUCACUCCGAGGGUGAGAAGCUGCAGCGCGAAAGUGACCAAUUCAAGGAAAAGCUCGAAACACGAAAGAUUUUCGAAGCCUGGGCUGCGGACGUGACCAGGAGGAAGAUUUCCAUUUCAGGCUUGCUCUUUGACAUCGCCCGUGUGCGAUCAGCAGGUGGCAUUCUGGAGCUCACAGUCAACUUCGAUCCUCAGAUUAUCACUCUGUUCAAGGAGACUCGCAACCUCACAUGGCAGUCCUACACUGUUCCCCAUAUCAUUGCCACUGUAUCAAAGGAUGCCAAGCGUGUGUACCCCUAUGCUGUUAGUCUAAUGGAGAGUGUCAGGACACUCUCGCAAACUUUGCGACAGAUAUCUACUAUGGGAGAAGAGGCCGUUUUACUCCAUGGAUACCGAAAUGAUGUAUAUAAGCUGAUUGCCGAGGGUGUACCCCUGCGAUGGGAGUCGUUCAUCAACUCGCAUGAGCUGUUCUACGCUGAUCAGCGACAAACGAGACCACUUCUAGCUGGAGGUACUGAUCUCGGCUUGACAAAGAACACUGAGAGCAAGCACGGUAUGUUCAUCCGGGGUUUCGCUUCUGCCGUUUCGACCCUACAGAGCAAGGCUGUGUCCCUCAGUCACACCUACGUCACGGUUGAGCAGGCGCUUAAAGAUCUCGGGACAUGUGACUACGAUCCCGCGGCCCUCCAAGCUCAUUUGAGUACGAUCCAGUCUGCUGUUGAUCAGCUGAACCUGGAGCGAUAUGUCAACCUGGACUUCUGGGUCGAGGGGCUCAAUGCCAAGGUCCAAUCUGUGCUUCUCACGCGCCUUCAAACUGCUAUCCAGGCUUGGAUCUCAGCCUUUGAAGAUGACACUGUUCCUGUUGAAGGCAAGAAGCAAGAAGGCCCUUCCAUGAAGUCUCUGACCCUUGAGUUGGCAAUGCGCAACCAAGUCAUCUAUCUGGACCCCCCUCUGGAAUUUGCCCGAGCCAGCUGGUUCCAACACCUCCACGACUGGCUUGGUAUUGUAUGUAAUCUGCGAAAGAUCAAGGCCACUCGGUACCAACUCAGCCUUAACACCGCGGUCAUCGAGGAGACUCGCUUCACAGACCUUCCUAGUGAAUGCACGGGCAUCCUUCAACGAGUGUACAUUUCCCUCGAGAAGAAGCUGUCGGAGAUCAGCGGAUAUGUUGACGAGUGGCUUCAGUUCCAGUCCUUGUGGGACCUUCAGUCUGAGCAAGUGUAUGAUGCUCUGGGAGAGCAGUUGUCGCGUUGGUUGGAGCUCUUGCAGGAUAUCCGAAAGACCCGCACUACCUUUGACACACAAGAUGUUAGCCGAUCGUUUGGACAUAUCAUAAUUGACUACUACCAGGUUCAGACCAAGGUGAACGACAAGUAUGACCAAUGGCAGCGAGACAUCUUGAUGAAAUUCGCAACACGCCUCGGAAACCGCAUGCGCGAGGUGAACGCGGAGAUCGAGAAGGCUCGCAAACAUCUCGAGACUCAGAGCUCAGACGCUUCUUCCACUGCACAGGCAGUCCAGUUCAUUACCGUUGUGCAAAGCUGCAAACGUAAUGUGAAGAUGUGGGCACCGGAGAUUGACAUGUUCCGCCAGGGUCAGUCUACAUUGGUCAGACAACGGUAUCAGUUCCCCCAGGACUGGCUUCACAUCGAGCACAUUGACAGUCAAUGGGAGGCAUUGCGAGAGAUUUUGGAGAAGAAGUCAAGGAUUGUGCAGGAUCAGACCGACGCUUUGCGUGCUAAGAUUGUUGCUGAAGAUAAGCUCGUAAAUGAGCGUAUUGCAGAGGUCGCUGCGCAAUGGAACGAAGAGAAGCCAGUCUCUGGUACUAUCCAACCAGAUGUGGCUUCGGCUACCUUGACUGCCUUUGAAAACAAAAUUUCCAAGCUCCAGGACGAUUGGGAAAUGGUGGCCAAGGCAAAGGAGGCCUUGGACAUUCCUGCUAGUCCUGAAAUGUCACUUUCCGCCACUCUUGAGGAGGUCCGAGACUUCCAGUCUGUUUGGUCGAAUCUGUCCACCAUUUGGUCUAGCCUCAACGAGACUCGUGAUAUCUUGUGGACUGCUGUUCAGCCUCGAAAGAUUCGUUCCAAGAUUGACGACCUCAUCAAGAGCACCAAGGAAAUGCCGAGCCGAAUGCGACAAUAUGCUGCGUUUGAGCACGUCCAGGGAAUCCUUCGCUCUCUGCUUAAAACGAACUCGAUCCUGUCUGAUCUGAAGUCCGAUGCCAUCCGGGAACGCCAUUGGCAGAAGAUUUACAAGCAGAUUAAGCCGCAAAAGAGAUUCUCCCCGAGCUCAAUGACUCUUGGUGACGUGUGGGACCUCAACUUGGUUGCCACCGAAGUCAUUGUCAAGGAUAUCAUCGCCCAAGCUCAGGGUGAGAUGGCUCUUGAGGAAUUCUUAAAACAGGUUCGCGAGACAUGGCAAAAUUACGCUCUCGAGAUGGUCAACUACCAGAGCAAGGUCAAAUUGAUUCGUGGCUGGGAUGAUCUAUUUGCCAAAUGUAGUGAAAACUUGAAUUCUCUCCAAGCUAUGAAGCAUUCGCCAUACUACAAGGAGUUCGAAGAAGAGGCAGUCUCCUGGGAGGACAAGCUGAAUCGCGUUCACGUCUUGUUCGACGUAUGGAUUGAUGUGCAGCGUCAGUGGGUGUACCUUGAAGGUGUUUUCACUGGCAACGCCGAUAUCAAGCAUCUCCUCCCUAUUGAGUCCGGACGGUUCGCAAACAUCAAUAGCGAGUUCAUGGCUGUCAUGAAGAAGGCUGCCAAGUCACCCUAUGUUCUUGAUGUGCUCAACAUCCCGAAUGCUCAAAAAUCGCUCGAGCGUUUGGCAGAAAUGCUGAACAAGAUUCAGAAGGCAUUGGGUGAAUAUCUUGAGAAGGAAAGAGUCUCCUUCCCACGAUUCUACUUCGUGGGUGAUGAAGAUCUUUUGGAGAUGAUUGGUAACAGCAAUGAUACGCUGCGAAUAGCUAAGCACUUCAAGAAGAUGUUCGCAGGUUUGUCCGGGCUCAUCAUGGAUGAUGAGACGGUCAUCUCAGGCUUUACGUCAAAAGAGGGCGAAAGCGUAAGGCUGAAGAAGGAAAUUUCUUUGGCCAAGGUGCCUCGAAUUAAUGACUGGCUGGCGAUGUUGGAGGCUGGCAUGAAGUCAACUCUUGCCGAACUCCUUGCCGAGGCCGUGGAGCAAUACACGCCCAUCUUCGAAUCUGAACAGAUUGAUCGCGAGCAACUUGUCGCCUUCAUGGAUGCGUUCCCCAGUCAAAUUGUUGUGCUUGCCACUCAAGUCGCCUGGACGACAGCAGUCGAGAACUCCCUGGCUGCUGGCGGUCAAACCUUGCAGACCUUGUUUGACCGUGAGGUUCAGGUUCUUAGUGUCCUGGCAGAUACGGUUCUAGGGGAUCUUCACGUUCUCCAGCGCAAGAAGUGCGAGCAGAUGAUUACAGAGUGUGUGCACCAGCGGGAUACCGUUGAGAAGCUCGUCAACGCCAAGGCCGACUCUCCAAGCUACUAUCUCUGGCAGCUCCAGAUGAGAUACGUGUACGUACCCGAGGGAGAGUUCAUUGAUCGACUUGCCGUAAAGAUGGCCAACGCGAAGCUGAACUAUGGCUUCGAGUACCUGGGUGUCCCCGAUCGUCUCGUCCGAACCCCACUGACAGACCGAUGUUUCCUCACCCUUACACAGGCUCUCUGCCAGCGACUCGGUGGUUCGCCUUACGGUCCUGCAGGAACCGGAAAGACGGAGUCAGUCAAGGCCCUUGGUCUGCAGCUGGGGCGAUUUACUCUUGUCUUCUGCUGUGACGACACUUUCGACUUCCAGGCCAUGGGCCGUAUCUUCCUCGGUAUUUGCCAGGUCGGUGCUUGGGGUUGUUUCGACGAGUUCAAUCGUCUUGAGGAGAGAAUUCUUUCUGCUGUCUCCCAGCAGAUCCAAAACAUUCAGCUUGGCUUGAAGCAAGGUGUAGAGGAUGACAAGGCGCAGAUCGAUUUGAUUGGCCGUCAACUUCAUGUCAAUGAAAACACUGGCAUUUUCAUCACAAUGAAUCCGGGUUAUGCUGGUCGUUCAAACUUGCCUGACAACUUGAAGAAACUCUUCCGCAGCGUUGCCAUGUCCAAGCCCGACAAAGAGCUUAUUGCCGAAGUGAUGCUCUACUCCCAGGGUUUCAACCAGGCCAAGACUCUGUCCAAGCAGACAGUUCCAUUCUUUGACUCGUGUUCGAAGAAGCUGUCUAAACAAGCCCAUUACGAUUUUGGUCUCCGUGCACUGAAGAGUGUAUUGGUCAGCUCUGGUGGCUUGAAGCGUGCAAGGCUCUUAGAUGCAGAGGGGGAUUCUCAGGAAGUCUUUGAGCCUGAGAUCAUUGUUCAGAGUAUUCGGGAGACUAUUGCACCCAAGCUCAUCAAGUCUGAUGUGGACAUCAUGAUGACUAUUGAGAAGGACUGCUUCCCAGGUGUGGAUUAUGUACCGGCCAAUCUCCAGGCGCUCGAGGAUGCCAUUCGCAAGCUCGCAGCGGAGCGACACUUGGUUGUCACGGAUGUCUGGAUGACCAAGAUUCUCCAGUUGUACCAAAUCCAGAAGAUCCACCACGGUGUGAUGAUGGUUGGUAACUCUGGAUCAGGAAAGUCAGUCGCUUGGAGACUGUUGCUUGAUGCUCUUCAGGCUGUUGAGGGCGUCGAGGGCGUGUCCCACAUUAUUGACUCCAAGGUCAUGUCAAAGGAAGCCCUAUAUGGUAAUCUCGACUCAACCACACGUGAGUGGACCGACGGUCUAUUCACAAGCAUUUUGCGUAAGAUUGUCGACAAUCUCCGUGGUGAAGACGGGAAACGGCAUUGGAUUGUCUUCGAUGGUGACGUUGAUCCAGAGUGGGUCGAAAACUUGAACAGUGUCCUCGACGACAACAAGCUUCUCACUCUGCCCAAUGGUGAACGUCUCAAUCUUCCACCCAACGUUCGUAUCAUGUUCGAGGUCGAGACACUGAAGUAUGCUACACUUGCCACCGUCAGUCGAUGUGGUAUGGUGUGGUUCAGCGAGGACACUGUGACUUCGGAUAUGAUUGUGGCCAACUACUUACAGGCCCUUCGUAGCGUUCCUUUCGAGGACCUGGACGAAGACAGCGUUGGCACAGGACAGAGUCCUGCAAAGACCCUGGCUGUGCAGGGUGAGGUUGCUGAUCUUCUCACAACCUAUCUUACGGAGGAGAACUUUGCUAUCCAGGCGCUUGAGCGAGCCAUGUCUUACAACCACAUCAUGGACUACACCGCUGCUCGUGUGCUCACUACGCUCUUCUCGCUUUUGAACAAGGCUGUCAGAGAUAUUAUCGAAUACAAUGGUCAACAUUCGGACUUCCCCCUCGAUUCUGACCAGAUUGAGGCUUUCAUUUCCAAGAAGCUGCUGCUUGCUCUGGUUUGGGCCUUUACUGGAGACUGCCCGCUCAACGAUCGAAAGGCCUUCGGAGAUGCGGUUUGUGCCUUGGCCAACUUUGGUUCCCCGCCGCUGGAUGGCUCAAGCUCUUUGAUCGAUUUCGACGUCACCCUACCCCAGGCCGAGUGGGCUCCAUGGCAAGCUCAGGUGCCCUCAAUCGAGGUCAACACGCACUCAAUCACCCAGACUGACGUGGUUAUUCCCACGUUGGAUACUGUUCGUCACGAAGAUGUGCUCUACUCAUGGCUUGCCGAACACAAGCCAUUGCUUCUUUGUGGCCCCCCUGGUUCAGGUAAAACGAUGACCUUGUUCAGCGCCCUCCGUAAGUUGCCCAACAUGGAGGUUGUCGGUCUGAACUUCUCCAGCGCUACUACACCCGAUCUUUUGAUCAAGACCUUUGAACAAUACUGCGAGUACAGAAAGACGUUGAACGGUGUGAUGCUCUCCCCUACUCAAAUUGGCCGCUGGCUUGUCGUCUUCUGCGAUGAAAUCAACUUGCCAGCGCCUGAUAAGUAUGGCACCCAGAGGGCCAUCUCAUUCUUGCGACAGCUCGUUGAGCACAAUGGCUUUUGGAGAACAUCUGACAAGUCUUGGGUCACCUUGGAUCGAAUCCAAUUCGUUGGUGCUUGUAACCCUCCGACCGAUGCUGGCCGUACCCCUCUUGGUGCUAGAUUCUUGCGUCACGCUCCUCUCAUCAUGGUUGAUUACCCUGGCGAGCUGUCCCUCAACCAGAUUUAUGGUACCUUUAAUACUGCCGUGCUCAAGAUCAUACCAUCUCUUCGCGGUUACGGAGAAGCUCUUACACAUGCCAUGGUCCGAUUCUAUCUGGAGUCACAGCAAAGGUUCACGCCCAAGAUUCAGCCCCAUUAUGUUUACAGUCCUCGUGAACUUACUCGAUGGGUUCGUGGUGUGUAUGAGGCCAUCAAGCCUCUUGAGACGCUAUCAGUGGAAGGUCUCAUUCGCAUCUGGGCACAUGAAGCCCUUCGCCUGUUUUCAGAUCGUCUUGUCGAAGAAGAUGAAAGGAAAUGGACGGACGAUGCUGUUCGACGUAUCGCACUUCAAUUUUUCCCCAUGAUUGAAGAGGAGAAGGCACUUGGUGGCCCAAUUUUGUUCUCCAACUGGCUUUCCAAGAACUAUGUCCCCGUUGAUCGUGAGCAACUGAGAGAGUUUGUCAAGGCUCGGCUCAAGACCUUCUGUGAAGAAGAGGUCGACGUGCCUCUGAUUCUCUUCGAUGAUGUCCUGGAGCAUGUCCUGCGCAUCGAUCGUGUUUUCAGACAGCCACAAGGUCACUUGAUUCUCAUCGGUGUAAGUGGCAGUGGCAAGACCACCCUCUCACGCUUUGUUGCCUGGAUGAACGGUCUUCGGGUCUUCCAAAUCAAAGUUCACGGCAAAUAUUCCGGUGAAGAUUUCGACGAGGAUCUUCGAGAGGUGCUCAGACGCUGUGGUUGCAAGGGUGAAAAGAUUUGCUUUAUCAUGGACGAGUCUAACGUGCUGGACUCUGGUUUCCUUGAACGCAUGAAUACACUUCUUGCCAACGCUGAGGUUCCCGGUCUCUUCGAGGGCGAUGAGUACGCUGCACUUAUGACGGCCUGCAAAGAAGGUGCUCAGCGACAAAACUUGCACCUGGACUCACCCGAAGAAUUGUACAAGUGGUUCACGCAGCAGAUUGUCAAGAACCUCCACGUUGUAUUCACAAUGAACCCUCCAGAGGAUGGUCUAGGCUCAAAGGCUGCCACUUCCCCUGCCUUGUUCAACAGAUGCGUUCUUAAUUGGUUCGGAGACUGGUCUGAUCAAGCCCUCUUCCAGGUUGGACAUGAACUCACGCAUUCAAUCGAUCUUGACAAGGCCAGUUACCAGGCUCCUGAUACAAUCCCAGUCGCUUACCGUGGCCUCCAACUGCCUCCAUCCCAUCGUGAAGCAGUUGUUAACUCAAUGGUUCAUAUACACUACUCUCUUCACCGUUACAACAAGAGAUUGCACACUCAGCAGGGCAAGGUGACGUUCCUCACCCCUCGUCAUUUCCUGGACUUUGUAGGCCAGUACGUCAAGCUUUAUAAUGAAAAGCGUGAGGAUCUGGAAGAGCAACAGCGCCAUCUCAACGUUGGUUUAGAGAAACUGAGGGACACUGUAGACAAGGUGCGCGACCUGCGUGUCAGUUUAGCAGAGAAGAAGAAGCAGCUGGAGCAGAAGGAUGCGGAGGCGAACGAGAAGCUUCAGAAGAUGGUUGCCGAUCAGCGCGAGGCUGAGCACAGAAAGACUAUAUCGCUCAAGUUCCAGGCCGAACUCGAGAAGCAAGAGGCCGAGGUGGCUUCACGGAGGAAGGUGGUGUUGGAAGAUUUGGCCAAGGCAGAACCCGCUGUGGAGGAAGCCAAGCGGAGUGUCAGUAACAUUAAAAGACAGCAGCUGGUCGAAGUGCGAGGUAUGGGAAGCCCCCCCGCAGGUGUUAAGUUGGCGAUGGAAGCCGUUGUCACACUUCUUGGACACAAGGCAACGGAUUGGAAGAAGGAUGUCCUGGGUGUGGUCAGAAAAGACGAUUUCAUUGCCAGCAUUAUCGCUUUUGACAAUGAGGCCAGGAUGAACAAGCCCCUCAGAGACAAGAUGUACAAGGAAUUCUUGGGCAACCCCGAGUUCACCUUUGAGAAGGUCAACCGCGCAUCGAAGGCAUGCGGACCGCUCGUGCAGUGGGUCAGAGCUCAGGUCGAGUACUCUGGCAUUCUGGACCGUGUUGGCCCGUUGAAGCAAGAGGUUACUGAGCUUGAGGAACAGGCAUUGCAGACCAAGGCAGAGGCCAAGGCUGUCGAGAACAACAUCAAUGAGCUGGAGGCAAGCAUCAACACCUACAAGACCGAAUACGCCGCUCUCAUUAGUGAGACGCAGGCUAUCAAAUCGGAGAUGUCCAAGGUCCAGUUCAAGGUCGACCGCAGUGUUCGUCUUCUUGAUAGCCUGUCCUCUGAACGAGUACGAUGGGAGGAAGGAAGCAAGUCUUUCGAGACUCAGAUAAGUACCUUGGUAGGAGACGUGCUCGUCGCCGCAGCCUUCUUGGCAUACAGCGGUCUUUACGACCAAACGUUCCGAAAGUCCAUGAUUGAGGACUGGUUCCAUCAGCUACACCUCUCGGGUGUUCAGUACAAAUCGCCAAAUCCUAUUACUGAAUAUCUCUCUGAUGCGGAUGAGCGUCUGGGUUGGCAACAAAACGGCCUCCCGGUCGAUGACCUAUGCACUGAAAACGCCAUCAUUCUAAAGCGUUUCAACCGCUACCCUCUCAUCAUUGAUCCAACAGGCCGAAUUCCCGAAUUCCUGCAGAAGGAAAACAAGAACCAGCGCCUGACGGUGACUAGCUUCUUGGAUGAUGGAUUUAUCAAGCAGUUGGAGUCAUCUCUGCGAUUUGGCAAUCCUAUUCUCAUUCAGGAUGCUGAAUACUUGGAUCCUGUGCUGAACCACGUGUUGAACAAGGAAUACCAACGAACAGGUGGUCGUGUUCUCAUCCAGCUUGGAAAACAAGAGAUCGAUUUUUCCCCUGCGUUCAAGCUGUACCUCUCCACCCGCGAUCCCUCGGCUACAUUUGCCCCCGAUAUUUGCAGUCGAACAACCUUCGUCAACUUCACAGUCACCCAAAGCAGUCUCCAGACGCAGUCCCUUAACGAUGUACUUAAGUCAGAGCGACCCGAUGUCGACGAAAGGCGAUCAAAUCUCAUCAAGUUGCAAGGAGAGUUCAAGAUUCAUCUGCGACAGCUUGAGAAGCGUCUGCUUCAGUCGCUGAAUGAAUCUCGCGGUAAUAUUCUCGACGACGACAAUGUCAUUGAGACGCUUGAAACGUUGAAGAACGAAGCCGCCGAGAUCUCUGCGAAGAUGAGCAACACUGAAGGAGUCAUGACCGAAGUGGAACAGAUCACGCAGCAAUACAGCGUCAUUGCCAAGUCUUGCAGUGCUGUCUUUGCUAUUCUCGAGCAGCUCCAUUUCUUGAACCACUUUUACCAGUUCUCUCUUCAGUAUUUCCUCAACAUCUUCCAGUCCGUGCUGCACAACAACCCCAAACUGGCCAGUGAGACCGACCACAACAGCCGUCGUGAUAUUAUCGUUCGCGAUCUCUUUGUCAACACCUUCAAACGCACAUCACUUGGGUUACUUCAGAAGGAUCGCAUUACCCUCGGCAUGCUCCUUGCUCAAGCGACACCAUAUCAAAUGGAGAAGUCAAUUAUCGAUAUCAUCCUAGACAGCCAGGUCGAAGGCAAGGAUAUGUCGAGUAACCCUGAGCUGAGGGAUGAGGCGUUUGCAGAGGCUAGAAAGCUCACACCUCUGAAGACGACAUUGGACAGCCCUUCCAACGAGGACUGGGACAAGUUCUUCACCGAAGAAGAGGCCGAGAAAUCCGUGCCCCAAAUUUGGGGCGACAAUACAUCGGCCAACGACAAAGCCUUGCUAUCACUGUUGCUUGUCAAGAUGUUCCGCAUGGAUCGGUUUGUGCCUGCGGCUGAACGCUUCGUUGGCGAGGUCUUUUCACCAGACAUUUUCGACGUCGUUGAAGAUCUGAAGGAGACUGUUAGCCAAGUUGCCGCCACAUUGCCCAUCUCGCUUGUUUCCAGCCCUGGAUUUGACGCCAGUUACAAGGUUGACAGCCUGGUAGAGAGAGUUGGCGUUCGCUGCACCAAUAUCGCCAUGGGAUCCAACGAAGGACUGGCAAGUGCCGACAAAGCCGUGAGCGAGGCUGCCCAGACUGGGUCUUGGGUUCUUGUCAAGAAUGUGCAUCUUGCACCAACCUGGCUUCAGAGUCUUGAAAAACGCAUGGACGCACUCAACCCACACAAGGAUUUCCGACUCUUCUUGUCUAUGGAAUCUAGUCCAAAGAUUCCUGUCAAUCUUCUACGUGCAUCUCGUGUUCUCAUGUAUGAGCAGCCGGCUGGUAUCAGGGCCAACAUGAAGGACUCUAUGUCCUCACUUUCGACAAGAACCAACAAGAGCCCCGUGGAGAGAACCAGACUGUACCUGCUCCUCUCAUUCCUGCAUGCUGUUGUUCAGGAACGGCUGCGAUAUGCACCAAAUCUUGGUUGGAAGGGAUUCUGGGAGUUCAACGAUAGCGAUUACGAAUGCUCUGCUUUCAUUGCCGAUACCUGGCUUGAUGUGGUGGCUGGCAACAGGACCAAUAUUGCACCUGCAAAUAUCCCUUGGGACAUGAUUCGUUACCUUGUCACGGAAACCUACGGUGGCAAGAUUGAUGAUGAGGGCGAUUUCAAACUCCUUGGUCAGCUGGUGUCGACAUUCCUCGUUCCCGAGGCCUAUGAUGUGGAUCACAAACUCGUUGAUGGGCCUGAUGGAAGCAGUCUUGUUGUGCCGUCUGGAACAGGCGUUCAAGACUUUGUGUCCUGGAUUCACAAGCUGCCUGAGCGUGAGCCGCCAAGCUAUCUGGGACUGCCGGCGAAUGCCGAGAAACUGCUGCUCGUUGGUCUGGGCCGAGCGCUGAUUGGCAAUCUUCGCAAGGUCACGGAGCUUUUAGACGAGGGAGAGCAGCUUGUGAUAGAUUCGUGA